UGACUUACGCUCCCCUCGACGCGGACUCUUGUUUCUUUCCUCCUCUUCCAUAAGCAGCGAGGCCUGUCAUUUGGUUCUUGUUGGCCGUCUUAGAAAAUGAUUAAGAAAACCGAUUGCCUUGAAUAUGUGUUACUUCUCUUUCACUAACGUGUGUGCGAGAAUCUAGGGGAGAGCGGCCUUAGUUUUACAAACCUCGGUAGCUAGUCUUUAGAGGUUUAGGGAAGAGUAUCACAGCCAACGUCGCCAGGAUUUGACUGUGAUGGAGAUCGUGUGGCUUGUAGUAUUAAUAGCCUUUACUGUUAAUGUUUUCAGUCGGUUCGCAAGUAUUUAUUGAGCCUAAUUUGUGCCAUACUCUGUGCUGUGCAUGAAGGAGUUUAAAUGAGUCCCUCCUCUCAAGGAACCUGUCCAAUUGUAGAGACUUCCCCCUCCACCCUGCCCCUCCGAAGAAUGAGACCUGGAGAAAACAGCUGAGGAGGGUAAGGAAGCGAUAUUUGAAGGCUGACAUUUGACAAAAGAAUGAAUAUAUUUUGUGUAGCCCUGGAGAGCAGAACCUUAUCACCUUCAGACCUUAUAACAAAGCCAUCACCACCAUUCUUCUCCAGGACUUUUUCAUUCUUCUAAACUGAAACUCUGUGCCCGUUAAACACCGACUCCCCUUUGCCUCCUCCUCUCAGCCCCUGAUACCUCAUGAAAUUCCACAUGUGGGUCUUUGGCAAGUUACUUACCUCUGAGAACUUCUGUUCCUCAUCUGUAAAAUGGCAAAGAGCUUUAUGGAUAUCGGAAUUUCGGAUAAGGGAUUAUGGACCUGUACUUCCCUUAUAGGGUUGUUAUGAAGAUUUAAACAAGAUAAGCCGAAAACAUUACACAAUGCUGGAGUGAUAGAAGGAAGUCAAGACAUCAUUAUGACUCAGAUGAGAAAUCAGAAACAAGAGAAAAUGGUGUUGCAGAUGACCUGGAUGCUCCCAAGUCCAAAAAGCCUAAAAUGAAAGAGAAGCUAAAUGGAGACACUGAAGAAGGAUAUAAUAGACUUUCAAAUGAAUUUUCUAAGUCUCAUAAGUCAAGAAGAAAAGAUCUGUCAAAUGGAGAUAUUGAUGAAUAUGAAAAAAAACCAAAGCGAGUGUCAUCUUUAGAUAGUUCUACUCAUAAGUCAAGUGAUAAUAAGCUAGAGGAGACCCUAACACGUGAACAGAAAGAAGGAGCCUUCUCCAAUUUCCCUAUUUCUGAAGAGACUAUAAAGCUUCUGAAAGGUCGAGGGGUAACAUAUCUCUUUCCUAUUCAAGUUAAGACGUUUGGCCCUGUAUAUGAAGGAAAAGAUUUAAUUGCUCAAGCACGGACAGGAACGGGAAAGACAUUCUCUUUUGCCAUCCCCUUGAUUGAAAGACUCCAAAGAAAUCAAGAGACAGUUAAAAAAAGCCGCUCACCAAAGGUACUUGUUUUGGCUCCUACAAGGGAACUGGCAAAUCAAGUAGCCAAAGACUUCAAAGAUAUAACUAGGAAACUCAGUGUAGCGUGUUUUUAUGGUGGAACAUCAUAUCAAAGCCAAAUUAAUCAUAUUCGAAAUGGUAUUGACAUCUUGGUUGGGACCCCUGGUCGUAUCAAAGACCAUCUGCAGAGUGGCCGAUUAGAUCUUUCUAAACUGCGCCAUGUUGUGCUUGAUGAAGUGGAUCAAAUGUUAGAUUUAGGUUUUGCUGAACAAGUUGAAGAUAUCAUCCACGAAUCCUACAAAACUGAUUCUGAAGACAAUCCUCAAACUUUACUUUUUUCUGCAACUUGCCCACAGUGGGUAUACAAAGUUGCAAAAAAAUACAUGAAAUCCAGAUAUGAACAGGUUGACCUUGUUGGAAAAAUGACUCAAAAGGCUGCAACUACUGUGGAACAUUUGGCCAUCCAAUGCCAUUGGUCUCAGAGGCCAGCAGUUAUUGGAGAUGUUCUUCAAGUCUACAGUGGGUCUGAAGGGAGGGCUAUUAUUUUCUGUGAGACCAAGAAGAAUGUAACCGAAAUGGCCAUGAAUCCGCACAUAAAACAGAAUGCCCAGUGUUUACAUGGGGACAUUGCACAGUCACAAAGAGAAAUUACACUGAAAGGCUUCAGAGAAGGUAGUUUUAAAGUUUUGGUUGCGACCAAUGUGGCUGCCCGUGGUUUGGACAUUCCUGAGGUUGACUUGGUGAUUCAGAGUUCUCCUCCACAGGAUGUUGAGUCCUAUAUUCAUCGCUCUGGACGCACAGGUAGAGCUGGCCGGACCGGGAUUUGCAUAUGUUUUUAUCAACCAAGAGAAAGAGGUCAACUAAGAUAUGUGGAACAAAAAGCAGGAAUUACUUUUAAACGUGUAGGUGUUCCUUCUACAAUGGAUUUAGUUAAAUCUAAAAGCAUGGAUGCCAUCAGGUCUCUGGCUUCCGUUUCUUACGCUGCUGUUGACUUUUUCCGACCAUCAGCUCAAAGACUGAUAGAAGAGAAAGGGGCAGUGGAUGCAUUGGCUGCAGCAUUAGCCCAUAUCUCUGGUGCUUCGAGUUUUGAACCACGAUCUUUAAUCACCUCUGAUAAGGGGUUUGUGACCAUGACUCUGGAAAGCCCAGAAGAAAUACAGGAUGUCAGCUGUGCAUGGAAAGAACUUAACAGAAAGCUGAGUAGUAAUGCCGUGUCCCAAAUUACCAGAAUGUGCCUCCUAAAAGGAAAUAUGGGUGUUUGCUUUGAUGUUCCCACAACUGAGUCAGAAAGGUUACAGGCAGAGUGGCAUGAUUCAGACUGGAUACUCUCAGUGCCAGCCAAGUUACCUGAAAUUGAAGAAUAUUAUGAUGGAAACACAUCUUCCAAUUCCAGACAGAGGAGUGGCUGGUCAGGUGGUCGGUCAGGCCGGUCAGGUCGGUCAGGUGGUCGAUCUGGUGGCCGGUCAGGUAGACAGAGUCGACAGGGGAGUCGGUCAGGAAGUCGACAAGAUGGUAGAAGACGAAGUGGGAAUAGAAAUCGAUCAAGAAGCGGGGGCCACAAACGGAGUUUUGACUGAGAAUUUGAUAGUUAAUCUACCAGUGUGAGCUUACUUAUUUCUGCCUAAUCAUGUACAUUAUCCACCAAAAACUAGGUCAUCAUAGUUGAGGUAUGUGUCUGCUAUUUGCAAAGAAGUUGGUCAUAUUUUUUUAAAAAGUAUUUCACAAGAAUGGAUGUAAACAAAUUGACUUAUCCAGUUACACCUUUGAAUAAAAAAAAACUUUUAUUGUCUCUUUUCACUAUGUGUUAAGAAUUUAAAAAUUUUUUUCUAAAACAUGGCAGUUGGGUUAAUCUUACUUAAGGUUACUUGCAUUUUAUAAAAUGUGGUGUAUCUGUAUUCAGAUUAUUCCUUCUAUAUGUAGUAGAAAAUAAGAAAUCCCUUGUACAUUAAAGGCCUGUAUAAACUGG